CGCGCGCCGACGCCUCCGAGCGCACGCUCUCGCCCGAGGAGCUGCCCAUGGACCCUCCGCUGCCCGGGGCGGGGCUCUCGCCCGCGCCUGGAGGUGCCAUGGACGCUGCGGAGACCAUCGACACCAUCGACCCGAUCGCCGCCAUGGGCUCCAUGGACGCGAUGGACGCGAUCGGUGAUCUGCGACACGACGCGCACGUCGUCCGCGCGACGAACGACCUCGAGGACGAACACGCCCAUGAACAUGAUCACGAUCACGAUCACGACCACGACCACGAUCACGACAACGAUCACGAUCAUGAUCGCGACCACGAGCAAGCUGGGGAGGAGACAUCGGAAGGCAGCCAUGAUGCCACUGCGGGGGCA